CAGUGACAGAAUCUGACGUUGAAUCACUGUGUUUAUAUUGCAAAAUUCAUUGAUCAUCAGCGAAUUUGCGAAACGUUUCAUUUUAACGUCUUCUUUUUUACAAAUUUAUAGAUUUAUUUAUUCAUUUCAAAAACAAUUCAAGACAGAAGAAUAAGUUAUGCCACAACAAUUGAGUUCGUCAGAAAAAACACCGAUCGCUACAUUGCAUGAAUUUUGUAUGCAAAACGAGGAGAUUUUGAUGUUUGAUGAAAAUGUGCCACAUGCCACCGAUCCCAAAAUGUUCUCUUGCGUUGCAACUGCAUUCGAUUUGUCUGCCAUCGGAUCGGGUCGAUCGAAAAAAGUAGCCCGACAUGAAGCUUGCGCAGAACUGAUUGCUCAACUGGCAAGUCUGGAUCGAUUCAAACAGAAUUUUCAAAAGUUACCCGUAACACCGCGACCAACAUUCGAUACUGAUGCCGUUAUGGCUCUACGUAACAUCUGCGUGCAGCGCAAUUGGCCAUUUCCGACAUUUGAACUAAUGCAAUCUUAUGGUCAGCCCCAUGUGCCGAUGUUUACUUACGUGUGCCAAAUGGCAAGUAUCAAACGUACCGGUGUCGCUUCAAAGAAAAGUGGGGCUAAACAAAUUGCUAUUCGUGCAGUGAUUGACGUCGUUCAGAAUUUUGAACAAAACGAAGAACGAAUACAAAUCGCCACCAUUGAUGCUAAACAAAGUGAAGAACAGAAGCAAACGGGUACUAUUGAUGCCGAACCAUUGCUCACAUUUAGAGAACUCAUAAAGUCGCGAAAAAAACUAUGGACGCCACGAGUAAGCGAUCGACAAAACUAUUUUCUUCAGCUGCCAAAAAAGGAUCGCAAUGAAGCUGAACAGAUUUUGAUGGACAAUUCAUCUGCUACCCAUGGCACCAGCAAAAACCAGGUUGACCUGACAUGUGCUGCUCUAAAACUUAAAUACAAUGUCAUCGAUAUUCCCAACCAUCAACAAGAGUGCAAAGUUUUCUAUCUACGUGGCAAUCAUGACUGUGUUAUUGCUGCCAAAGAAGAAGACUUGUACGACCGUGUCAUCGCUCACUUCAAAACGAUUCUAAACCUUCAGAAAUUUUGAAUAAUUUUUUCAUCGACAAUUUAUCCACUUUAGUUAACUAUAAGCCUCUGACUGAAAUCUACUUUUUCAAAUGCUGAUAUUGAAAUAUAUUUAGAUUAGUUCAAGACAUUACCAUACAUUAGGAAUUAAAUUCACGAGACUUCCUACCAAUUCAUUCUUUUGUGGAAUUUCGGAGCAAUAAAUAACUUGAACA